UCAGAUCUUUGCCACCAAACCCCUCUGCCCUCUUCUCACUCUCUCUCUUUCUUCUUUCUCUUUCGCUUGCUCUGAAGCAACAGCUCCACCAUGGCAAUGGCAACCUCACCUCACUCUCUCCUCCUCCAAAACCCAAAUACCCAAUUCCUCAAAAACCCCAAAAUACCUUUCACCACCAUCCCCAUGACCUCCACUCGUCUCACCACCACCACCACCACCCAAAACCCCAACAAGGCCAUCUCCGUCAAAUGCUCAGCCACCACGACCCACAUCCAGGAUCGCCCACCGGCCCAGCCCCAGUCCCAAGAUCGGGUCUUCAACUUCGCCGCCGGACCCGCCAAUCCACCCGAGAGGCUCUACAACUGGCGCGGAUCUGGGAUGAGCGUCAUGGAAAUGAGCCACAGAGGCAAAGAGUUCCUCUCUAUAAUCCAGAAGGCGGAGGCGGACCUCCGAACCCUUUUGAAUAUCCCACCGGAAUAUUCCGUGUUGUUCCUCCAAGGCGGCGCCACCACCCAGUUCGCCGCCAUACCUCUAAAUCUCUGCAAACCCGACGAUAAAGUUGAUUACGUGGUUACUGGGUCGUGGGGCGACAAGGCCUUCAAGGAGGCCCAGAAGUAUUCUCAGCCCAAGGUGAUCUGGUCCGGCAAGUCCGAGAAGUACACAAAGAUCCCAGCUUUUGAAGAAUUGGAGCAGAGCCCAGACGCCAAGUAUUUGCAUAUAUGCGCCAAUGAAACCAUCCAUGGGGUCGAGUUCAAGACCUACCCAACUCCCAAAAAUGGCCUCUUGAUUGCGGAUAUGUCCUCAAAUUUCUGCUCCAAGCCGGUGGAUGUGUCCAAGUUUGGGAUCAUCUAUGCUGGGGCUCAGAAAAACGUGGGCCCAUCCGGAGUGACCGUUGUGAUCAUCAGGAAGGAUCUGAUUGGCAAUGCUCAAGAGAUCACACCUGUGAUGCUGGACUUCAAGAUUCAUGAUGAGAACAAGUCUCUGUACAACACACCACCAUGCUAUGGUAUUUACAUGUGUGGGUUGGUGUUUGAGGACUUGCUGGAGCAGGGUGGUUUGGGUGAGAUUGAGAAGAAGAACAAGAGGAAGGCUGAUCUUUUGUACAACGCCAUUGAUGAGAGCAAAGGGUUUUACAGGUGCCCAGUUGAGAAGUCUGUGAGGUCAUUGAUGAAUGUGCCGGUUACUCUAGAGAGUCCGGAGUUGGAAGCUGAGUUUGUGAAGGAGGCAGCUAAGGGUUCAGCUAAGGAGAAGAUGGUUCAGCUCAAGGGGCAUAGGUCAGUGGGAGGGAUGAGGGCUUCAAUUUAUAAUGCCAUGCCUUUAGCUGGGGUUGAGAAGUUGGUUGCUUUCAUGAAGGAUUUCCAGGCAAAGCAUGCUUAAGAUUUAGUAGCAUAUAUUACUGGUAGAGUUGUUAGCAUCUUUGGUUUGUUGUGUUUGCUAUAUUUUUGUUGUUGAAUGCGAGUGGACAACAGCAAGAAGUUUGUCUGCAUUUGUUUAUGAAAUUCUUGUCGUGUGGGAUGAAGUUAAUGCCCUAACAAGUUUAGGAAUUUAGGCCAAUAUCCUCUGUUUAAAACUUUGUUGUCAUAAGCUGAGAGUAAUGAAUAAUUCAAUUCUGGGAUCUUCUUUCAUAUCAA